UUCUUCCUCUCUCGGUUUCCAGCAUCCCAUUUCUCAUUUUCUUUCAAUUUCACAUCACAAAUCAGUCUCUUCUUUCCCAAGACCCUUCUUUCCUUUGUUACAUCUCUGUAACCCAAUUCUUCAAAACUUCAAAAAAAUGCCCGAUGUUGAAGAGAAGUGGUUGGAUGAGAAAGAAAAAGAAGCAUUACAAUACAUUGAAGAUAUCACAACCAAAGCCGACGAAAUCCAACGACAAAUUUUAAAUGAAAUUCUGUCAACAAAUGCUAAUGUUGAAUACUUGCAGCAACAUGGCCUUGUUGUCCCUACUGAUUCGCCAACCUUCAAAAAACUUAUACCUCUUGUCUGUUACGAACAAUUAAGACCUUAUAUAGCUCGUAUUGCUGACGGUGAUGAUUCCUCAAUCCUAUGCUCAAAUCCCAUUACAGAGUUCUUUAAAAGCUCUGGGACAUCUGGAGGAGAACACAAGUUAAUUCCAAUGUACGAACAAGAGUUCGUAAGAAGGUUGUCUUUUUUCAGCUAUAUAAUGCCAAGGAUGAAACAGUUGUUUCCAGAUAUCAAUUGGCACAAAGUCAAAGGAUUGAAUUUUCAUUUUGCAAAACCUGAGUUUAAGACAAAAGGUGGGAUUAUUGUUCGUUCGAUAUUUACAAAUUUGCACAAAAGGUCAUCAAAUCUCGAAAGUAUGCCUAGUGGGAAUAACACAAGCCCAGAUGACAUUAUUCUUUGCACAGACUCGUAUCAAAGCCUAUACUGUCAGCUUCUUUGUGGCCUUUAUCAAAACGAAGUAGUUUUCCGAGUUAGUGCUCUUUUUGCCUCUACUUUGAUCCAUGUUUUUAAGUUCCUUGAAAAUCAUUGGGUUGAUUUGGCUACUGAUAUACGAACAAGAACAGUUAAUCCCAAAAUUACAAAUUCAUCAGUGAGGGAAUCAUUAAUGAAGAUUAUUGUAAAACCCAAUCCUGAAGUUGCGGAUUUGAUUGAAAAUGAAUGUAGAAAAGGAAGAUGGGAAGGAAUUAUUACAAGAUUGUGGCCAAAUGCUAAAUAUAUUAAUGCUAUUGUGACGGGAAGUAUGUCACAAUACAUUCCAUUGUUAAAUUACUAUACAAAUAAUCUCCCUAUUGUUUCUGAUCAUUAUGGUUCUUCAGAAUGUUUCCUUGGCUUAAACUUAGAUCCAUUGUGUAAUCAUGAUGAAGUAUCCUACACUUUGAUCCCCACCAUGGCGUACUUCGAGUUCUUGCCAAUCGAUAUGAUAAACGACCCCAAUGGAGAAGUAAACCAACAAUUAGUCGAUCUUGUGGAUGUCAAGUUAGGACGUGAAUAUGAGCUUGUCAUCACCACUUUUGCUGGGCUGUACCGUUAUUGCAUGGGCGACAUUGUUCGGGUGACAGGAUUUAAAAAUAAAGCCCCAAGUUUUAGAUUUGUACGCAGAAAAAAUGUGGUUCUAAACAUUAGUAACGAAAAAACAGAUGAAGCAGGGCUUCACAAGGCUGUAGAAGAAGGUGGUCGUGUAAUGAAGUCAUUUGGGGCAAAAAUUGUGGAUUACACAACCUAUGCUGAUCUCUCAACAAUUCCUGGACACUAUGUGUUGUACUGGGAAUUAACUAUGGAUGACCUUAAGGAACAAAACUCAAAUGACAUUCCAUCUUCGGUAUUUGAGGAUUGUUGCCUUGACAUUGAAAACUCACUUAAUCUACUCUACCGCCUAGCACGAUCUCAUGAAAAAUGUAUCAACCCAUUGGAAAUAAAGAUAGUAAAGGCCGGAACUUUUGAAAAGCUCAUGCAGUUGGCGCUCGAUCGAGGUGCUUCAAUCACUCAGUACAAGACUCCUCGAUGUUUAAAUUCUUCACAGAUCCAUAUCAUUCAGCUUUUGGAAUCAAACGUUGUUUCCAAUUAUUUUAGUAGAAAAUACCCUAAUUUGGAUACCAAUCCUGUCUAGGCCUAGUCUCCACUCUCUUCUUUUCUCGCCAUUAAAUAUGUAUGUUUCAUUCUGUUUGCUUUAUUAUGGGUGAGAUACACGCCCACAUAAUCUUCGUCAUUUAUAACAAGGAAAAGGAAAACAUAAAGUGAUUUUCUCGUUUA